UUUUUUUAAAAAGCUUUGGUUUCUCCGUCUUUCUUGGAGACCAUACAAAUGUCUGUCGAUCCAUCCAACUCACCCACCAUUUUCUGCCGAUGCAUCUUCCAAAGCCACUCACUUCUCCGUUUCUUCGACACUCUCAGAAGUCAGAAUCCCCUUAGACCUGUCCAAUGGCAGCUCCUUCACCCACCACCUUUUCACAGCACAUCAAUUUCUCCAUGGAUGUCCGCAGAACAUCAUUAAAGACAUCAACAAUCUUUGGUCCUAAGCUGAAAUCAGGAGAAACUGAACGCACCCAUUUGAGAUUGUUGACUUCUUUCAAGGAGAUUUCUGGGUUUCUUCAGAUUACAAGUGUUGUGCAAACUUCACCACUCACCCUGACAGAUAAAAAGACUGGUACACGUUUAGAGUUGAAGGCUUCUAAGGAGCCUCCAGGGCUGACUAAGCAACUUGACAAUAGUAGGCUGGAGAGCUUGGCUGAAACUGAAAAUGUGUGCGACGUUUUUGAAGAUCUGAAACAUCGAUUUCUGAGAUUCAAAAAGCGUAAAUUUGAAGAAAACUUGGAACAUUUUCAAAAUCUUGCCCAGGGUCAAGCACCAAAGUUCAUGAUUAUUGCUUGUGCAGACUCUAGAGUUUGCCCAUCAAACAUCCUGGGGUUUCGACCGGGGGAAGCAUUUGUGGUCCGAAAUGUAGCAAAUCUAGUACCCCCGUUUGAGAGUGGACCCUCAGAAACAAAUGCUGCAUUAGAAUUUGCUGUAAAUGCUCUUAAAGUUGAGAACAUACUAGUCAUUGGCCACAGCCGCUGUGGAGGUAUUCGUGCCCUCAUGAGUAUGCAAGAUGAAGAAGAUUCAAGUAGCUUUAUUAGAAGUUGGGUCGUUGUUGGAAAGAAUGCAAGCUUAAUCACAAAGUCUGCAGCUUCCAACCUAAGCUUUGACCAGCAGUGCACACACUGUGAGAAGGAAUCAGUCAACCAUUCCUUGUUAAAUCUGCUCACUUACCCAUGGAUAGAAGAAAAAGUGGCCAGAGGAGAACUGCUUGUGCAUGGUGGGUACUAUGAUUUCGUUGACUGUACAUUUGAGAAGUGGACAUUGGAUUACGAGGGAGGCAAUUUGGAGGAGAAUAGCAGAUUUGCAGUCAAAAACCAAUUUUAUUGGUGCUGAAUUCUGCUACUACCGUCUCUGUAUGCUUUCUUGUUAUUUUAUUUUUGCCUUUUCAGAAUUUAUUUCCAGUGCGACAGCUGAAGCAUAGGCUUAAUGGUACACACACUCCCACGCUUCCUGACAUGGCUUUUAAAAUUAUCAUUUAAUCACAAUCUAAUAGAAAUUUUAAAAGUCACGUCGAAGAGUGUGGAGUGUGUAGCGUAUUUUUUAGGAAAUAUCUACCCUGUUGUAUAUGUGUAUCAAUGAAAUAUGUUAUUUUCACGGUAUAAUAUACCUGUAUUCCUGAUGUAAUUCUACUGACAUCCCUUGUCUUUGUAAGUUUUACAUGUUUGUUGUACUCAAUUGUUCUAAUAAAUUGGUUCCUCGAAUUGUAGUCUCAUGAAAGUAAUUGGAUACGGCAGGGCAUUUGAUUUGAGAGAAAGGUAUUGAUGAGUGUGUGUAAAGUCACCAGCAUUCAGUGCUUAA